AUGGCACGGAGAUAUCGUGAUGCUGCUGCAAAGCUGCAGCAAAACGUACACAAGCACUUAAAAGAAAUAAAAGAUCUCUCAUCAUCUGAAGAUGAAGAGCCAUAUGAACCUAGUGUUCUGGAGGGUGUUUUCCAGAGUUACUGGCAAGGCGGUGGUGAUACGCACAUGACUAACAGGACAAGGAAUCUUCUAGAAGAAGCUCUAAGCGGUCGGUCUGUUACUUGUUUAAUUUGCAUUGGAUCUAUUAAAAGAGCCGACGCUAUCUGGACAUGUGACCACUGCCAUUCUUACUUCCAUCUAUCGUGUAUUCAAAAAUGGGCUAAUGAUAGCAUAAACUUACGUUCCGAAGAAAUCCAAGCUCCAAUUGUAAUUGUCAAGCGAAAAAAUAUUGAGUGGUGUUGUCCCAAAUGUAGGACGACAUACAGUAAAGAGGAAAUUCCACACAAGUAUCGUUGUUUUUGUGGAAAAACUGAUGAUCCACCAUACCACCCUUGGUUAGUGCCUCAUACUUGUGGAGAAAUAUGUGGGCGAAAAAUUUCAUUUGGUGACAAUUGUAAACAUAAAUGCUUAUUACUGUGUCAUCCUGGCCCAUGCCCUCCAUGCCCUCAAACAAUAAACGGAAUAUGUUACUGUGGAAAUGAACAGAAAAGAGUUAGAUGCAGUGCACCUAAAUGGUCUUGUGGUGAAACAUGUAGUAAAUUACUUCCUUGCAGGUCUCAUAAGUGUGAAAACAUUUGUCAUGAAGGUGAUUGUUUGCCUUGUCAUUACACCAGUCUACAGCGUUGUCUCUGUGGCGGAGAAAAAGCAAAACGACCAUGUACUGAUCUGAUCUGGCAGUGUUCUAAAGUUUGCAACAAAAAAUAUUCAUGUGGGUUUCAUAAUUGUUUGGAUACAUGUCACUCUGGGUCCUGUGGCCCUUGCCCAAAUUCUGGCCUCAGGACUUGUCCUUGUGGAGCUAUUAAACAGCAUGUACAAUGUCCAGAUUCUAUAGAAACAUGUCUUAGUACCUGUGGGAAAAGGCAAGAGGGUUGUGAACAUACUUGUCCUGAAAAAUGUCAUAAGGGACCAUGUCCACCAUGUCAAGUGAUGGUUGAAAAAAAAUGCCAUUGCUCUACACAUGCACGAUCAUUGCCAUGUAGCAAAGACUUUAGAUGUGACACCAAAUGCAGAGGUAUUAGACCUUGUGGAAAGCAUGUUUGUGCUCGUAAAUGUUGUAGUGGUAACUGUCCUCCUUGUGAAAAACUUUGUGAUAAACCAUUGCAAUGUGGCCGUCACAAAUGCACAACAAUUUGUCAUCAUGGGCCUUGUUAUCCUUGUCCAAGGGAAUCAAAAAUUAUGUGCCGUUGUAAAGAAACAUUUAUCACAGUACCGUGUGGCAGAGAAAAAUAUGUAAAGCCCCCUAAAUGUAAUCAAAAAUGUAAUAUUAAAUAUAAGUGUGGGCAUAUUGAAGAAAACAAACAUUCCUGCCAUUUUGGUGACUGUCCUCCUUGUAAAGCUGUGUGUAACAAAUCUUAUGAGAAAUGUGAUCAUAAAUGCAAGGCCCAAUGUCAUGAAUAUGUUAUUGUUGUAUUUAAGCAAGUUGAAAAACCAGCAACACCUUGGGAAGUUCAGCCUCCAAAGACAAAAGUUGUAGCUUUGGAUUGCCCACCUUGUGAGGCUCCUGUAACAGUUAUAUGUUUUGGAGAACAUGAUUCUGAACUGCAGCCCUGCCACUUAGCAUCACGCCGCUGCUGUGGGCGGCACUGCAACAAAGACCUGGAUUGUACCAACCAUAAGUGUUUACUACUAUGUCACUUAUAUAGCCCUGAUUCUAACUAUCCAAAUGUGCCUUCCUCAUGUAGACAAUGUGAUAGGGAGUGUUCUGUGCCUAGACCAGCAGAAUGUGCUCAUAAAUGUCCUAAACGUGCUUGUCAUCCUGGACCUUGUCCACCUUGUGAGGUAUUAGAAAGAAUUAAAUGCUUUUGUGCUGUUACAGAGAUAUAUUUACGUUGUCGAGAGCUAUGUGCAGCAAAUGAUGAAACAUUAAGCUGCAAGCAACAAUGCCCUAAGAAUUUGGCAUGUGGACAUAGGUGUAAAAAAUCCUGUCACAGAGAUAGCUGUGGAGAGAAUCAAAUCUGUAUGAAAAAAACGAAAAUACAUUGUUCUUGUGGUAAUUUGAAGAAAGAAGCAUCUUGUAAUUUGGUGCGAUCAUCUGAAAUUAAAGUUGACUGUGACAGUACUUGUGAAGCAAAGAAGUUGGCAGUUAAAUGUGAGAAAGAAAAAGAAGAAAAACGAUUGAAAGAGUUAGAAGAGGAAAGAAAUCGCAAAGAACUUGCAGAAUAUGAAUGGAAACUGAGCGGAAAAAAGAAAAAACACAGAGAAAAGAAAAUGAUUAUCAAUGAAGACAAUAGAAAUUAUGUACAAAAAUACUGGGUUCCUAUUUUAACUAUUGUUAUUGUAAUUUUGUCAGGAGUUCUAUAUAUUAUAAAUUUUUCAGGGGUGUAA